AUGAUCUUCCGGUUUGGCAGGCUGUUCCCUCGGCGAAGCGUCCGAAAGUCGCUCGCUUCGCUGUACUAUUCCUACAGCAAGGAACCGUUCCAGCCGAUCGCUAACAAAGUGCCAAAGAUCAUGACAGCCGCCGAGGCGGUGAAGACGAUCAAAGCUGGUAUGACGGCUCUUCUUGUCGACGCACUUUGUUAAUU